AUGCUCAGGAGCUUCUGUCUCCAGCUCAUGUCCUUGGUUUGGAUCCUUUUGGCCCAUCACCAGCUUACCCAAGGAGAUGACUGCAGCGAGCGCUGUAAUCUUGCCCAUGGCUGCUGUGACCAGGAUGGGAAGUGCAGGUGCGAUCCAGGCUGGGAGGGCGAGUACUGUGAGGAGUGUGUGCGUAUGCCGGGGUGUCUCCAUGGGACAUGCCACCAGCCGUGGCAGUGCAUCUGUCACACUGGCUGGGCCGGCAAGUUCUGUGACAAAGACAUACACAUCUGCGAACAUGAGUCCCCAUGCCAGAAUGGGGCUCAGUGUGUCUACGAUCGAGAUGGGGAAUAUUCCUGCCUGUGUCCAGAAGGCUUUCAUGGGAAGGACUGUGAGAUGAAGACGGGGCCAUGUGAGAAGGCAGGGUCUCCAUGCAGGAACGGGGGGCAGUGUCAAGAUGAAAACGGCUUUGCCACCAACUUCACCUGCCGGUGCCUUGCUGGCUUUGUGGGACCUCUCUGUGAGAAGGAUGUGGAUGACUGCCUGAUGCGUCCCUGUGCCAAUGGUGCCACCUGCCACGACGGGAUCAACCGCUUCUCCUGCCAGUGCCAGGUGGGCUUCGAGGGGCGUUUCUGCACCAUCAAUAUCAACGACUGUGCUAGCCAGCCAUGCAAAAAUGGGGCAAAGUGUUACGACCGCAUCAAUGACUAUGACUGCUUGUGUCCUGACCGUUUCACUGGCAAAAACUGUGAGAUCUCCGUCCCUGAGCCCACCUGGGCUCCCCCCUACCACCUGGUGAACCAUGAGAACCCCGGGGAUGUGAAAAGCACCACCAGUGAGACGCCAGGGGUGACGCAACCAGAGCCUGUCAGGACCGUGGUCACGGGGCAGCAUGUGGCCAACCACAGUGAGAAAGAGCAGGGGGGAGGGUUGUUGAAAAUCUCUGUGAAGGAGGUGGUGACCCAAAGGGACUCUGGGCUGAGCGAAGCCCAGCUGGUGACAGUGCUGGUGUUCGGGGUGCUCACAGCAGUGCUCGUUCUCAUCACCGUCCUGCUCAUGCUGAGGAACUGGCAGAGGGGCCGUCAGAGGUCGAACUGGUGCCAAAGCCCUUCUCAGGCUGCAAGGAAGCUCCAAGACCAGGAGUGUCAGGUGGGCAUGCUCAACACCGUCCUGAUCGAGCCCAGGAAGACCACGGAGCUGUGA